AUGGACCUGGUCCAGAGUCACGUGCACCAGCGUGAUCCUGGGGGCCAGGGUCCUCAAGGUCCUCAGAGGUCCUCGGGGGUCCUCAGAGGUCCUCGGGGUCCUCAAAGGUCCUUGGGGGUCCUCGGGGCCCUCAAAGGUCCUCGGGGGUCCUCACUCAGAGGUCCUCGGGGGUCCUCAGAGGUCCUCAGAGGUCCUCAGAGGUCCUCAGGGGUCCUCAGAGGUCCUCGGGGGUCCUCAGAGGUCCUCAGAGGUCCUCAGGUCCUCAGGGGUCCUCAGGGGUCCUCGGGGGCCCGUGGUCCUGUGAGCUCGAUGGGCGUGGCCACCUUCAGCCUGUGCGCUCUGAGCAUCGACCGUUUCCAUAGCGCCACAAGCCCCGCCCCCCUGAGCGCGCACGUGGAGUCGUGCACGUCCAUCCUGCCCAAACUCGCCGUCGUGUUCGUCGGGUCUCUGCUGUUAGCGGCGCCAGAACUGCUCGUCCACCGCCACCUGUCCCUCCCCCUGCAGGACAGACACGCCCACUACAACACUCAGGUGGACGUGUGCGUGGCUGAGCCCUCCCCUGAGCUCCCAUUGGCCGUGCUGUCUCUGGUGCUGACCUAUCAGGAGGCUCGUUCUUGGUGGGUGUUCGGCUGUUACCUGUGCCUCCCUCUGCUCUUCACGCUGUCAUGUGACCUGGUCACGCGCCGCGUGAUGUCACAGCGAGCGGCGCAGGCGAUUGGACGACAGGAGGGCAGCAGCCGGAGCUCCUCCCCCUCCAUCGUCAAGAAGGAAGUGGGUCUGAACAGAAGCCCCGCCCUCUCCGUGUCCAAACAGGAAGUGAGCAGCCACACUUCCUCUCUGAACAGGAAGCUGGUGGAGCGGGAGGCGGGGCUUCGGUCGGUGAUCCUGGCUCUGAUUGGUCUGUACUCGGCGUGCACGCUCCCCGAGGCCGCGUGCUCUGUCGCCGUGUCCUACCUCCCCGCGCUCCCCGCGGGCGUGUCCCCGGCGCUGCGUCUGAUUGGACAGUUCCUGCUGUUCGCUCGCUGCUCGGCCACGCCCCUCCUGGCGCUCGCCUUCAGCCGCGCUCUGGGCGGCGCCUUCCUGCACUGUUGCUGCUGCUGCUGCGACGAGUGCGGCGCCGCGCGUCCUCCGGCCACGCCCACGCCCUCGCUGGCCACGCCCACCCCCUCGCUGGCCACGCCCUCCACGCUGUUAGCCACGCCCCUCUCCGCCGUGGCCCCGCCCCUCAGAGAUACGCCCACCGAGGAGCAGUGGCGAGCGCUCGGGACGCCGUGCUGAACGGAGAGGAGCGGCACUUUUAGAAUUUUGAAAUGAUUUAUUUUUGACUUAUUUGUGUUGGAUUUAGAGAAACGUUUGAGUUGAGUUUGUAGUUUGUUUGUAACAGUCAGAACUCCUCCUCCUCAAGCUGAAGCUGAAGUUCAUCCGUUCAGACCAGAGCGUCAAAAACUCACUGGACGCCUCCAGUUGGAGCCUUUGUGUUUGAGUCCAGACGAGGACGAACGGGAGAAAAACACUUGACGCGUUCACAUCGAGUCUGUGUAAACUGGACCCUCUGAUGCUCCGUCUGAACGGACCCUGAAGCUGAAGCUGAAGCUGAAGUUUGGAGUUUGGAGUUUGGACCUCGACUCGUCCCUGUGUGUGUGAAUCAGACGCUGUCGCUCCGUCUGAAACUUUUGUAAAACUGCAAAAUGUCAAAAGGUUUAACAGAGAUUUGUGUAAAAGUUUAGAUCCUGAGACUCUGGAUGAAACACGUGAAAUGAAACUUAACAACGUUUAUCCACAAGUUUUGGAUAAAUUCAUGUUUUUGUUUGUUUGUUUUGUUGUUGAAUUUUGUGAAGUUCAGUAUUUUUUGACUGAGAAUUAGACUUUUCACAGUUUUGUUUUUAAAAUGUAGAAUUAUGAAAAAUAAAUUUGUACUUUUGUACUUUUA